UUUAGAUUUUAUUUGUUGUUAUUCAGUUCUUCAGUAGUUUAACAUAUUUUUGUUUUUUAGAAAUGAGCAAUAAGGAUUCAAUUGAACAACGCAUAAUUGCAUGCGUAAAUAAUGAAAUUGGUAGUGAUUUCAAGAAACUUCAUCGCUCUGCUGUCUUGAUAGACAAUUACAAAACUUCAAUAGAACAUUUAAAGGCAAACUUAAUAAACAAAAACCAUGCUGAUCUGACAAAUAUUGAAUCUGCACUGCAGUCUCAGCGUAACUGUAAUGAAAGCCUGGAAUUCCAAAAAGAGAAAUUGACUAAGUUUGAGAAACAAUUAUCACCAAAAAUUGAUAAAUCGAAUGAAGCGCUCUACGUCAUCCUUAAAGAUCUUGGAAAUGUACGAAGACUGCAACAGUUGUCGCAUUACUUAAAAAUAGUGCUAGAUAUACAAGAGAUCAGCCAGAGUUUAAGUAACGCUGUUAAUGGAAGAGAUGAAGCAAAAACGGUAAAUAUUUAUUUGACGCUAUUUGAAGAUAAGGAUUGUGAGAAUAGUGUAAUUGGACGGUUGUCUAAUAUUGAAGCACAUUACCUCAAACUGUUCGCAAUGGAAACCGCUUCCUAUUGGCAUAAAAUACUAAGCGAAAAGUUCGUAAGAGAAAUGGAGUCUAUUUUAAAAUCUAUGCGUUGGGGUUGUAAGGAAUAUGAUUCAUUGACGUUUUCACCAUCAUGUGAGAGUAUUUCCAAAGCCAAGCUGUUAGCAGAAUAUUUAUUUCUAAUCAAGUGCCCUAUUGAAGAGGACGAACCACUGGAAGUUAUAACGCCAAGCAUUAUUUGUCAACCACUUAACACUGUCACGAAAUUGUUGCUAGCCCCAUAUCGACAAAGGUUUCAAUAUCACUUUACGGGCGUACGCCAAACGAAUCGGCUGGACAAACCGGAAUGGUACUUUACGCAAGUACUGAAUUGGAUCAAAGAGGUCCAUAUCUUCGUGGGAAAGACUUUUCAACAAUCGGCAACUAAAGCUGGUAUACUGGACUACAACAUUCGGCUGGAAUUCAUUCGUGGCCUCGUGCAGAUGAUAAUAGAAAAACUUACAGCCGACAUUGAGGAUAUUAGCCGGGAUGAGCAUUUAUUUGCCCAUUUGUUAGAUGAAACCUUAGCGUUCGAAGCUGAACUUCGGGGAAAUUUCGGAUAUCCAAGUAGUUUUCCAAGUGUGAUAUGCGUAAUAACUCAACCUGCAUUCUUAUUGCAAUGGAUUUCUCUUGAAGAGCGUUUUUGUGCAGAAAAAAUGGACCUUAUAUUACAAGGUGAUGAUUCCUGGACGAUUAUUGAUCCUUACAUAUACGAUAAUGAUUUGAAAAUUCCGAAAUGCGCUGAUCAAUUUAUACGACUCCUUGAGGCUAUAAAAGAGAGAUAUGGUACACUUAUUCAACCAGGACAACAAUUACAAUUUCUUUCGCUUCAAUUAGAACUGAUAGAAAAUUUCCGACGACGCCUGGUGCAACUUUUUAGCAGUGGGGAAGUUGAAAUAAUAUCCAUUUUGAACGCUAUAAAUUACUUGGCUUUGGUGUUAAAUGAAUGGGGCGAAAACAUUCAUUAUUUGCAUUUACAUGCUGCACUAGUAGGGCCGAAUUCAAAUGAAAUUCACUCAGUGUUUGAUCAACCAGUGGGGGAACUAGAACAUUGGACCAAGAAACUUAUUGAAAGUUUGGCGACAAAGGCGGUAAAUGAAAUAAAAGCAAAGUCAAUGGCCUAUCGACAUGACUGUUGGGCUAGUGUGCCUGAUCAAAAUUGCAAAGAGCCAUUUAUUUUGUCUUCUAGUGCAGGAGAAAUGUUCCAGGUAAUGGUAACAACCCUUCACAAUCUGGAGCGAGAUCUAUCUUUAAACCUGUUUAAUCUUACACUGCGUAUAAUAGCUGGACACGUAGACGAAUUUCUCUUCGAUAGCCUUGUUAUGAAUAACAAAUUUACACCAGCAGGAGCCGCCCAAUUUAAUUUCGAUAUGACUCGAAAUCUUUUUCCCCUUUUUGGACAAUAUUGUCGGCGGCCAGACUUACUUUUCAAAAAAGUUCACGAUUCAAGCAAGUUGCUAAACGCUGCACGUGGUACUGCCCUUUUGUUACACGAAGCGCUAAUAUCUCAAACAAAUCUCGAGCAAAAGAUGAACGCACUCAAGGAUUUGGGCAUUGUUAAUUUCAAGUAUCAAACCUGUAUACAUGUUCUAGAACGACGAACGGACUUAAAAGUUUUGUAAUAAACCGAUUCCAAACUAAAAUGCUGUGUAUGUUUAAUUAAUUGUAUAUAAAUAAAAAUUAUAUAAUAUAUGUAAGUCAA